AGGCAGUUCAUUAAGACUAAGACCCCUUACAGCCAAGAAUUCAAAGUGAGGAACCUGACACACAGACCUGGGUUGAUUCUUCCUACUGAAAAUCCCAAGUAUUCAGGGACACUCUUCUGAAGGAGCUCUCUGCAGACCUUCUUUCCUGGCAACCAUGGGGAAGAGAGUGGCCAUUGUCGGAGCUGGUGUCAGCGGCUUGGCCUCCAUCCGAUGCUGCCUGGAAGAGGAGCUGGAGCCCACCUGCUUUGAGAGGAGCAAUGAUGUUGGAGGCCUCUGGAAAUUCUCGAACCAUGCAGAAGAAGGAAGAGCCAGCAUUUACCAGUCUGUAUUCACCAACUCUUCCAAAGAGAUGAUGUGCUUUCCAGACUUCCCUUAUCCUGAUGAUUACCCCAACUAUAUGCACCACAGCAAACUCCAGGAAUACAUAAGGACAUUUGCUCAAAAGAAGAAUCUUUUAAGAUACAUACAGUUUGACACCCUGGUUUCUAGUAUAAAGAAAUGUCCCAACUUCUUAGUCACUGGACAAUGGGAAGUUGUUUCAGAAAAGGAUGGGAAAGAGGAAUCUGCUAUUUUUGAUGCUGUAAUGAUUUGUUCAGGACAUCAUGUAUACCCCAACCUACCAACUGAUUCCUUUCCUGGCCUACAGCAGUUUCAAGGCCACUACCUCCACAGCAGGGACUAUAAGGACCCAGAAGCCUUCAAGGGGAAAAGGGUCCUUGUGAUCGGCCUGGGCAACUCAGGAUCUGACAUUGCGGUGGAGCUCAGUCGUCUGGCUGCACAGGUCAUUAUCAGCAGCAGAAGUGGUUCCUGGGUCAUGAGCCGGGUUUGGGAUGAUGGCUAUCCUUGGGACAUGGUAUAUGUGACCCGUUUUGCAACCUUCCUCCGGAAUGCCCUUCCUUCAUUUGUCUCUAACUGGUUAUAUGUCAAGAAGAUGAACACAUGGUUUAAGCAUGAGAACUACGGCCUGAUGCCUUUAAAUGGCCCCCUGAGGAAAGAGCCUGUGUUCAAUGACGAGCUCCCAUCCCGCAUCUUGUGUGGCACUGUGUCCAUCAAGCCCAGCGUGAAGGAGUUUACAGAGACCUCGGCUGUGUUUGAGGAUGGCACCAUGUUUGAGGCCAUCGACUCCAUCAUCUUUGCAACGGGCUAUGGUUACGCCUACCCCUUCCUUGAUGACUCCAUCAUCAAAAGCAGAAACAAUGAGGUCACCUUGUUUAAAGGCAUCUUCCCCCCCAAAAUGGAGAAGCCAACCUUGGCUGUGAUUGGCCUUGUCCAGUCCCUUGGGGCUGCCAUCCCCACAGCUGACCUGCAGGCUCGCUGGGCUGCUAAAGUGUUGGCAAAAUCAUGUACCUUGCCAACCACAAGUGAAAUGAUGGAUGAUAUUGAUGAGAAAAUGGGGAAGAAACUCAAGUGGUUUGGCCAGAGCCAGACUUUGCAGACAGAUUAUAUCACGUACAUGGAUGAGCUGUGCUCCUUCAUAGGGGCCGAGCCUAACAUACCGUGGCUUUUCCUGACUGAUCCCCAGCUGGCUCUAGAGGUGUUCUUUGGUCCUUGCAGCCCAUACCAGUUUCGACUGACGGGACCAGGGAAGUGGGAUGGGGCCAGAAGUGCCAUCCUGACCCAGUGGGACAGGACAGUAAAGCCAACCAGGACAAGAGCUGUCAGUGAAGCUCAGAGACCCCAACACUUUCACAAUUUGCUCAAAAUGCUUUCACUCCCACUGCUUUUGCUGGCUGUUUGGCUUACAUUUUAUUAAUGAGAAAGUCCCUCGGGUCUCAGAGUUUGGUGUAGAAGUUUAAUUGUGGGGGGGCGCCUGGGUGGCACAGCG